AUGGCGGAAACAGUAGCAGAUCCAUUUUUCAAGGGAAAUACGGGGAGGAAUACAAGAGGAAUCCUUCGUUUAUCAAUUCUUGUUUUAAUUGCGGCUGCAGCGAUUGCCAGUCGUCUCUUCUCAGUAAUCCGAUUCGAGAGUAUUAUUCACGAAUUUGAUCCUUGGUUCAACUUUCGAGCAACAAAAUACCUCGUUUCGAAUGGAUUUUAUGAUUUCUGGGACUGGUUUGAUGACCGAACAUGGCAUCCACUUGGUCGAGUUACUGGAGGAACACUCUACCCAGGUCUCAUGGUGACCAGUGGUGCCAUCUACCACGCCCUACGCGCUCUCACGAUCCCGGUUGAUAUUCGAAAUAUCUGUGUGCUCCUCGCACCUGGCUUUUCUGGGCUGACGGCUUUCGCAACCUACCUUUUCACGAACGAGAUGUCCACAUCUCCUUCAGCUGGCCUUCUCGCAGCCGCAUUUAUGGGAAUUGCCCCGGGAUAUAUAUCUCGAUCAGUUGCUGGCAGCUACGAUAACGAGGCUAUUGCUAUUUUCCUUCUUGUCUUUACCUUCUAUCUCUGGAUUAAGGCCGUUAAGCUUGGUUCUGCUAUGUGGGGAGCUCUCUGUGCUCUGUUCUACGGAUACAUGGUGUCUGCUUGGGGUGGAUACGUCUUCAUUACCAACUUGAUUCCUCUCCACGUUUUUGUGCUGGUCUGUAUGGGCCGUUUCAGCCCAAGGUUGUAUGUCAGCUACUGCACCUGGUACGCUCUGGGGACGUUGGCGAGUAUGCAGAUUCCAUUCGUUGGUUUCUUGCCUAUUCGCAGUUCCGAGCACAUGUCUGCACUUGGUGUCUUUGGCCUCCUCCAAUUGGUUGGCUUCGUUGAGUUUGUGCGCUCGGGUGUUCCAAGCAAGCAGUUCGGAACCUUACUUCGAGGCUUCGUCCUCUUGGUCUUUGGUAUUUCUUUCGGAGGUCUUGUCCUUUUGACUGUUUCUGGCGUCAUCGCUCCAUGGACUGGUCGAUUCUACUCUCUCUGGGAUACCGGCUAUGCAAAGAUCCACAUUCCCAUUAUUGCUUCUGUGUCUGAGCAUCAGCCAACAGCGUGGCCUGCGUAUUUCUUCGAUCUCAACUUGCUCAUCUGGCUCUUCCCGGCUGGAGUGUACCUUUGCUUCCAGAAGCUUGCCGAUGAGCAAGUCUUUGUGGUUGUCUAUUCCAUCCUCGCUAGUUACUUCUCCGGUGUCAUGGUCAGACUUAUGCUUACUCUUACCCCUAUCGUGUGUGUUGCAGCUGCUCUGGCAGUGUCAAGCUUACUCGAUACUUAUCUUUUGCUUAAGUCUCCCGAGUACCCUGGGGACUCUGCUACCGAGGCAGGCUCCAACGGUACCCCAGCUCCAAGCAAGAAAGCGGCUAAGCAGGAUGGCCUUCGUUCAAUGAGACAGCCACUCGUCGGCAUCUACACCACAUUCUCCAAGAUGUCCGUUGUAAGCGCGCUGACUUCUUACCUCUUAAUCUUCGUUCUUCAUUGCACCUGGGUCACCUCGAAUGCUUAUUCAUCCCCAUCCGUUGUCUUGGCAAGCAGAAUGCCUGACGGAUCUCAACAUAUCAUUGAUGACUACAGAGAGGCAUACCAAUGGCUUCGACAGAAUACCGCAGAAGAUGCCAAGAUUAUGUCGUGGUGGGAUUACGGAUAUCAAAUUGGUGGUAUGGCUGAUAGACCAACGCUUGUUGACAACAACACCUGGAACAACACCCACAUUGCCACUGUUGGAAAGGCAAUGAGCUCUCGCGAGGAAGUCAGCUACCCUAUCAUGCGCCAGCAUGAAGUGGACUACGUUCUUGUUGUCUUUGGUGGUCUUUUGGGCUAUUCCGGAGAUGAUAUCAACAAGUUCCUGUGGAUGGUCCGUAUUGCCGAGGGUAUUUGGCCCGAUGAGGUGAAGGAGCGUGACUUCUUCACUGACAGAGGAGAAUACAGAGUGGAUGAAGGUGCCACCGAGACCAUGAAGAACAGUUUGAUGUACAAGAUGUCAUACUACAACUACUGCACGCUCUUCCCCCCUGGACAAUGUCAAGACCGCGUCCGCGGUGUUAAGCUACCCGACGUUGGGCCAACUCUCAACACCGUUGAGGAAGCCUUCACCAGUGAGAACUGGAUUAUCCGAAUCUUCAAGGUCAAGGACCUUGACAACGCGGGCAGAGAUCUCGCAUCCGCAGCAUCGUUUGAGAGAGGUAACAAGAAGAAGAAGACAAUUAAGAAGAGAGGACCAAAAGUUUUGAGGGUGGAGUAA